AUGGGUGCAGGGACUAUUAUGGUCCACGGCUUCCCGCUGCACAAACGGCCAUUUUGGGGGGCCAUCAUCGCAUUUAUCCACACACUCGCCACGGUGCCAGUACCUUUGCUGGGGGGCGUGUUGAUUGAUCACUUCGCAUGGAGAGCUUGUUUUGGAAUCAAUCUUCCGAUCCGUGUACUAACAUUCGGCUUUACUACAUACUAUUUCCACAGCUCAAUCACAAGUGCUGAUGCUACGUUGCCGCUCAAAGAGAAGGUGAAGAAGAUGGACCUGUUAGGAACAUUCUUCUUUGUGCCAGACGUCGUCUGUCUUCUCAUUGCUCUGCAAUGGGGAGGCAUAAGAUAUGGUUGGCAAAAUGCGAGGAUCAUCACCUUACUGGUGCUUUUCGCCGGCCUCAUCGGCAUUUUUGGCUAUAUCCAUGGUGUCCUCGCCAUCACUGAAUAUUACAUCGCCAUAUAUUUCCAAGGUGUGAAGGGGUUUUCAGCAACAAAGUCUGGGGCGCUGGGUCUACCGACGAUAGUAGGAUUGAGUGUCUCGGCUCUUACAGCUGGGAUGCUGACCACCGCCCUUGGGUACUACUAUCCCUUAAUGAUUGUGACAUCAAUCACCGCGCCUGUGGCAGCGGGCCUCCUUACGACACUUGAUCUGGACGAAAGCUUGGUGAAGGUACUCGGGUUGCUCGGUUUUCUUGGAGCCUCAGUUGGUCUGGGGUUGCAGGCACCUUUUGUCGCGGUACAGACUGUUCUUGAUCCGAAAGACGUACCAAUUGGCAUGGCCAUCAAUGGAUUUGCGGGCGGAAUUGGUUCUGGGCUGUUUCUAUCAGCCUCUUCUGCUCUCUUUCAAAAUGGAUUGGUCAAAGAAGUUUCAGCACAUGCACCUGGAACGAAUAUAACCGUAUUUGAGCAAGGCGGUCUGACCGAUAUAUGUACCGCCACUGCGAACGUUGUCUGGGAUUCUCAUUCCUCCUCCAGCAGCAGCAGCGGUGACACCGGGACUACGCUCGGUAGCGGCAGCAGUACUGUAAAAAAGGGUGUUGUAGGCCACGCCUACGCCCCAGCUAAUGAAUCCGUCUUGGUCUGGGAUCUGAAAACCUCCGUGAUCCUCUCCAGCUGGACGGUUGCCAACAACACCUCGCUCGUCACAGUCAUCACAAGAAGCCAGACUGAUCCUGAUGUGUUUGCUGUCGGGUACGAGGAUGGAAAGAUCCGAGUGUGGGAUUCGAGGACAGCGACGGUGAUUAUAACGUUCAAUGGACACAAGACGGCGGUCACGCAGUUGAGAUUUGACCAUUCGGGGGCCCGGCUGGCGAGUGGUUCAAAAGAUACAGAUAUCAUCAUUUGGGAUCUCGUCGCGGAGGUGGGCUUGGUGCGACUUCGGGGCCACAAGGAUCAAAUUACGAGUUUGAACUUCCUUACGACAGACGAGAGCGGUGCGGUUGAAGAUGGAACAGCGCCAGUGAGCCCGGACGACUCCUCGAACACCGACACAUUCCUCCUUUCGACGAGCAAAGACGCACUCAUCAAAGUCUGGGAUCUGUCUACGCAGCACUGCAUCGAGACGCACGUGACACAGACGAACGGUGAAUGCUGGGCCUUGUGCGUCACCCGGGACGGCACUGGAUGUAUUACAGCCGGAAAUGACGGCGAGAUCAAAGUGUGGUCGAUUGACCAAGGUGCUUUGAAGUCAAAACUCACGACUACUCAAGACGAAGGAAUCAGCGUCCUUCACGAGCGGGGAACACUAUACAGACAGGGCCGAGACAAACCGUCAGCGGUCGUCAGCCACCCCAAGCGCGACAUCAUCGCAAUCCACGGCUCAGAAAAAGCAAUCGAACUGUUCAGAAUCCGCUCGGAAAAAGAAGUCCGGAAAGCGCUGAUGCGGAAACGCAAACGAAGGAAGGAGAAAGAAGCUGAAGGGGCGACGACAACAGCAACAACCACCACCACGGAUGCAGAUUCGGGUGUCGUUGUGGCCGACGAAGCCGAGGGCACGACCGACAUCUCCAGCGCGACCAUCUCAGACAUCAUCGUCCCAUACGUCACGGUGCGGACAGGGGGGAAGGUAAGAUCCAUGGACUGGGCAGGGUCAAAGUCCGGCAAAUCGUUCUCCGUGCUGGUCGCGACGGCGAACAACCAGCUCGAAGUAUUCGAAGUACUCUCCGGCGACGAGACAAAACAGAACAAAAAAUCCAAAGGAACACAGAUCCCAGACUAUAACCGCACGCUCUCGAUCGACAUGCCAGGCCACCGCACAGACAUCCGAUGCGUAGCCCUCAGCUCCGACGACCGAAUGCUCGCAACAGCGUCCAACGGCUCUCUGAAAAUCUGGAACACCAGGACUCAGAGCUGCCUACGGACACUGGACUGCGGGUACGCGCUGUGCCUCGCGUUCCUACCAGGCGACAAGAUCGUGGUGGUGGGGACGCGCGAAGGCACGCUCGAGGUCUUCGACAUCGCGGCGUCGACGCUCCUCGACACGAUCACCGCACACGAACGCGACAUCUGGGCCCUGGCCGUGCAGCCCGACGGGAAAGGGCUGGUGACGGGUUCGGCCGACAAGAGCGCGAAGUUCUGGGACUUCAAGGUCGUCCAGGAAGAAGUGCUAGGCACGAACCGCAAAACAGCCAAACUGACACUCGUGCACUCACGCACGCUGAAAGUGGCAGACGACAUCCUGUCGGUCUGCUUCUCACCGGAUUCACGCCUGCUGGCAGUCAGCACGCUCGACAGCACGGUCAAGGUGUUCUUUCUAGACACGCUGAAACUCUUCCUGACGCUCUACGGGCACAAGCUCCCCGUGCUCAGCAUGUCGAUCAGCCACGACAGCAAGCUGAUCGCGACGUCCAGCGCGGACAAGAACGUGCGCGUCUGGGGCCUGGACUUCGGGGACUGCCACAAGGCGUUCUUCGCGCAUCAGGACAGCAUCCUCUCGGUGGCAUUCGUCCCGAACAACAACGACGGCAGCGGGCACCACUUCUUCUCGGCAUCCAAGGACAAGACCAUCAAGUACUACGACGGCGACAAGUUCGAGCAGAUCCAGAAGCUGGACGGCCACCACGGCGAGAUCUGGGCGAUGGCGGUGGCGGGCUCGGGCGAGUUUUUGGUCACGGCCAGCCACGACAAGAGCAUCCGGAUCUGGGCGCAGACAGACGAGCAGAUCUUCCUGGAGGAGGAGCGCGAGAAGGAGCUGGAGAUGCUGUACGAGUCUACGCUGCUGACGUCGUUGGAGACCGACGCGAGUCACGAGUUUGGGGCGGACGGGGAUGGAGACGACGGGCCAGAAGCCACCACGGCGGGCAAGCAGACCUCGCAGACGAUGAUGGCCGGCGAGAGAAUCAGCGAGGCCCUCGAGCUCGGCCUAGAGGAUCUCAGGGUCAUGCGAGACUACGAGGACACAAGAAGAAUCAACCCCAAGGCUGCGCUCCCCCAACGAGACCCGGUGUUCCUGGCCAACAACCACGUUUCGGCGUCGGUGUACGUGCUGAACACGCUCCAGCGGAUCCCGUCGGCGUCGCUGCAGGACGCGCUGCUAGUUCUGUCGUUCGCCCAGCUUCCGGGCCUGUUCACGUUUCUGGCUUUGUGGGCGGCCGAGGGGAGAAACAUCCCGCUGACGUGCCGCGUUUUGUUCUUCAUGCUCAAGACGCACCAGAAGCAGAUCGUGAGCAGUCAGGCCAUGAAAGUGAUGCUGGAAGAGGUGCGCGACAAGCUCCGCGUGACGGUUCAAGCGCAGAAACAAGACUUCGGCUUUAACCUUGCGGGUCUCAGAGUUCUACGACGGAGAGUGAGAUAUUUGGGUGAGUCUGACUACGUCGACGAAGCUACCUGGGAAAACGACCAGCAACAGCAAUCGGCUAUGUCAAGGGGCAAGAAGAGAGGCUUUCGAAAUGUGGCGUGA